UUAAAUCAAUUAUACAUAUUGAAUAAGAUUUUGUAGGUUAUAUCUUGGAAAUCUAAUACACAUCUAGUAUAAAGCUAGCGUUUGAGUGCUAACAUAGGGUUAUCUUUCAUCCUCAAAUUGGCCAAGCCUUCUCGUUCGGCAAUACCUCUGCAUCCUCCUCUAUUAAUUUCCCACAGGAAAAGUACCCAGCGAGAGAUCAACAGCAGAUAUGGCAACUGAGAAUGGAUGUCUUUUGCCUGAAGAUGUGAUCAUUGAGAUUCUCUCGUUGUUGCCUGUCAAAACUCUAUUGCAGUUCAAGUGUGUUUGCAAGUCAUGGUAUGGAAUUAUUACUAGUUCCAAUUUCAUUUCCUUGCACCUGAACAACCACUACAACAACAUUAAAAGUGGUCAUCUCUUAGCUCACUUUGUUUGCCCCCAGCUGCUUGAGUUGUUCCAAGACGAAUCACUCACAGACUUAUCACAUCAGGGGCUUGAUCCACCUAUCCGAGGACGUCUUUGUGGUCCUUGCAAUGGAAUAUUUUAUGUAGACAGCGAAGAUAGUAGUGGUAGUGGUCUUUGGAAUCCUGCGACCAAGGAAUUCAAGCUUCUACCUGAGAAAAUACGUAAUAAGUCGAGUCUUCCACUUUAUUAUGAAGAUAGUUAUGGAUUUGGAUUUGAUCCGGUAACUAACGACUACAAGGUGGUUGUUAUUCGAGAGUCCUAUACACGAGAGUAUUAUCUAGAGAAGUUUCCUUCCUCUCUUGUCAUUGUAUACACAUUACGAACUGAUUCUUGGAGAUGCUGGGGAAGUCUGGAUCAAGGCUACACAUUGCUGGGCAACUAUUGUUAUACAAAUGUGGAUGGAGUUUACUAUUGGCAGGCAGGCCAUGGAGUACAUAUGAAUGUGAUUCUUUCCUUUAACAUGGCCACCGAUGCGUUCCAAGAAAUACAGGAACCAGACUAUGACAAGCCAGCAUACAGUACUAGACUUAUAUUAUACCACGACUCAAUCGCGUUUUCUACUGUCCACAAUGUUGAGAAGUUUCUUGACAUUUGGGUGUUGAAUGAAGGUUGUUGGAUAAGACAAUUCAAGAGUCGACCUCUUUUAGAACUUCGGAAUCCAGUUGCGCAUUGGAAGAACGGUAAUGUUAUUCUAGACAGUGACAAUGACCAACUAAUGCUGUAUGACACAAACAAGCAAGAACUCAAGGAUCUUAGAUUUAAAGGAACUGGUGUCUGCUAUGAAAUUCUUGUUUACAGGGAAAGCUUGGUUUCAAUCAAAGAUGGAAUUGGGUGCAGGCAACAUGAAGAACAUUUGCCAGAACACAGCUAAAAUGGAGCCACGACUAGAAAACAGGAGUCUUUUUGUUCAGUUUAGCCAAUUUUAUUUUUCUUGAUGGUUGUAGGGAGCAACCAUACGAUACGUAUGACAUCAGACAAUUUCAUUUUUUUUUUUUUUAUGAAUAAACAUGUGUUGUGAAUGAUGUUUUUUAACAUUAAGAUAAAGAUUU